AUGACAACCUACAAGGGUUCGAAUUUUGGCCAGAAGUUUGCCAAUUUUACUGUCAUCCAGUCCAGCUACAAACGAGUAGGCAAUCAUGAUAUCGGUGUCGAUAUGAUAAUCCCUCGCACACUGCCAGCCGGAAAAAGGCCUAUUAUAGCUCGAUUCCAUGGUGGAGGACUAGUAACCGGCGACUCGCUAUAUGAAGACUGGUUUCCUAAAUGGCUACUGGACCUCGCGGAAUCUGCAUCUGCAAUCAUCAUCUCCGCCAACUAUCGACUCUUCCCCGAAGUCGUCGGCCUCGAUAUCCUCGACGACGUUGAAGAUUUCUGGACCUGGCUACAUUCGACCCAUCCCAAAGACCUAUUAGCAGCCCAUUCGACCCCGAUAGAGCCUGACUUGGACCGGAUUCUAACCGCCGGCGAGUCAGCAGGCGGGCUAUUGAGCGUCUAUUUAACACUGAGUCAUCCGGACGAGAUCCGCGCUGGGACAGCAGCCUAUCCUUCACUUCAUUGGGAUAAAGUGCCGUUGCAUCCACAAACGUGGAAUGCAAAAUUCCCAGAUCUACCCGUUUCUGUCUACGAUGAAUAUAUUCAGAACAUGAACGUCGAGAAUGUUGAAUCAUCCGAUAGAUCGUUAGAGCGAACGCCUAUUGCAGCGGCAAUGUCUCGACACAAGAAGGGCUACGAGACUUGGAUCCGUGGCUCUGACACUUCAUCACAGUCGGAUCGUCUUUUCCAGCUCGCCAGAUUGGAGAAACCAGACGCAAGGCUGCCUCGUGGUGGUCUGGUCAUCUUCCACGGUGUCGAUGAUGAGUCUGUCCCACAUCAGGCCAGUGUCAGGUUUGUCGAGAGGGCGAGGAAGGUCUUGCAGGAUAAACAGGGAGGGGAUAAGAUUGUUUUGGCUCUGAGACCGGGUCCACAUGGUUUUGAGGCAGAUUCAUCUUUUAAGGAAGAUUGGAUUGAUGAAGCGUUGAGAGUGGCUGUCAAGGUUUGGCUGGAGUAG